AUGGUUCGCCGAAGUGAUAACUAUUCCAAGAAGAUGAUUCGCCGAUGGGAAGAUACGAAGGAGGAGGAAAUCGAUGGUUACCGUGAUGGUGGAUUUAAACUUUCUCACUUCGUCUGUGACGGAGACGAGUGGCCUAGUGAAGAUGGUGCCUUGAUCAAGCGUUAUGCUAGGCUGGGCCUUCACAGUUACAACUUGUUGCAUGGGACAAACUUGCACUUCCAUAGCGUAAAGAGUUUCGACAAGCGAUUCUCUCCCUCCGUUCCUACAAGCGAUUUCUACAUAACAGUAGCUGCACGCGAGCCACCUAGCCUUUUGAAGCAAAACUUUCAGGUCGAAGUUGAUGAAGAGUGUUAUCGCGUUUUGGAUUUAACCUGCUCUAACGUUAUAUAG